GCGCACAGCACUCCUUGUACCUCAUCUCUGUGCUGCUGCUGCCAGUGCCCAGUUUUCAAACAAGUGCCGAGCAGCUGGGAUUACCAUACGCUUUCCUGGAGCCUCUGAAGGUCAAGGUUCGGGUCCUGCAAUGGGAUUUGGUUCCUCUCAGAUGACUGAAGAGCUAACCGAAAAGCAAACAUUGAAAACUGCAAAAAAGUCUGUCUGUGUGGAAUAAUAAAGAACCCUUCCCCAAAAACUGUCCUCCACUCCAGGCCAAAAUGUCAACGGUCACUUCAGCAACCCCAGACCCUCCUGCAAUUGCCAACCCCCCUCCUCCUGAGGUGACCAACUCUACCAAACCUGGCCGCAAGACUAACCAGCUGCAGUACAUGCAAAAUGUAGUUGUCAAGACACUGUGGAAGCACCAGUUUGCAUGGCCUUUCUACCAACCUGUUGAUGCUAUCAAGCUUGGUCUUCCGGACUAUCACAAGAUAAUAAAGAACCCAAUGGACAUGGGAACCAUCAAGAAAAGACUGGAGAAUGUGUACUACUGGAGUGCCAGCGAGUGUAUGCAAGAUUUCAACACCAUGUUCACAAACUGUUAUAUUUACAACAAGCCCACAGAUGACAUUGUCUUAAUGGCACAAGCAUUAGAGAAGGUCUUCCUUCAGAAAGUUGCCCUAAUGCCUCAGGAGGAGGUUGAGCUCCUUCCUCCUCCUCCAAAGGGCAAAGGCCGUAAACCAGCAGGACCAGGUCAGCAGGAUGGGUCUGUCUCCUCUGGCUCACCCACCUCCAUUGUCCCUGGUGCCUCCUCACCGGCUUCACAGACGGCGGCUAUAUCACCACCUCCGGUGCACGACGUCUCUCCCAGUGUACCAUCUAUACAGAACACAGCCGCAUCCAUGAUAUCCGCCAUGCCCCCUUCACAACCUGUUGUCAAAAAGAAAGGGGUGAAGAGGAAAGCAGACACAACCACCCCCACUACCUCUGCCAUAACAGCAAGCAGGAGCCAGUCGCCCACCCCUCUAUCAGAAGGCAAACAGGCCAAAGUGGCAUCCAGGCGGGAGAGCACGGGUCGCCCCAUCAAACCACCUAAAAAGGAUUUUGAGGAUGGUGAACUAGGCCUGCAUGGAGGCAAAAGGAGCAGACUUUCAGAGCAGCUCAAAUACUGCGACAUCAUUCUAAAAGAAAUGCUUUCGAAAAAACAUGCAGCGUAUGCAUGGCCCUUUUACAAGCCUGUUGACGCAGAGGCUCUCGAGCUGCAUGACUACCAUGAAAUAAUCAAACACCCUAUGGACUUAAGUACAGUCAAAAAAAAAAUGGACGGUCGAGAUUACCAGGAUGCACAGAGUUUUGCUACAGAUGUCAGAUUAAUGUUCUCAAAUUGUUACAAGUACAACCCACCUGACCAUGAGGUGGUUGCUAUGGCCAGAAAGCUGCAGGAUGUGUUUGAAAUGCGUUUUGCGAAGAUGCCAGAUGAACUAGUUGAAGUGGGAGGGGCAGGCGGUGUAGGCGGGGCCGGUGUGGUCAGUAAGAGCACUGUCAGCAGUGAGAGCAGUGGCGGCGACUCCACCUCUGACAGCUCCGACUCUGAAGAAGAGAGGGCCACCCGGCUCGCCGAGCUGCAGGAACAGGUGGGUGCGGAACAGUGUAUCUCUUUGGAGCACCCCAUUGGUAGCAGACAGGGGAUAAAAAACGGGUGCACCAAGAAUAAUCAGCUGAAAGCUGUCCACGAACAGCUUGCCGCUCUCUCUCAGGCCCCUGUUAGUAAACCAAAGAAAAAGAAAGAGAAGGAAAAGGACAAGAAAAAGAAAGAAAACAAGCACAACAAAACCAAGCCGGAGGAGAAAGCCAAAUCAGGGCAGCCGGUGAAACCAGCCCAGCAGAAAAAGGGUCCAGCCAGAAAAGCCAACAGCACUGUCUCUGGAAACAGGCAACCAAAGAAGGGUGGCAGAGGCUAUGAGUCAGACAAGGAGGAGAUGUCCCUCCCCAUGACGUAUGACGAGAAACGGCAACUGAGCCUCGACAUUAACCGAUUGCCUGGAGAGAAGCUAGGCAGAGUGGUCCACAUCAUUCAGUCCAGAGAGCCUUCACUGCGGGACUCCAACCCUGAUGAAAUCGAAAUAGAUUUUGAGACACUUAAACCUUCCACUUUGCGCGAGCUGGAGCGAUAUGUCAAGUCUUGUUUACAGAAGAAACAGAGGAAACCUCCACAGAAGGGAGGGUCUGGGCCAUCUCGGCUCAGCGGCAGCAGCAGUUCCUCAGACUCGGGCAGCAGCAGUUCCAGCGGCUCCACUUCAGACAGCAGUGACUCCGACUGAACAAUUUUAAUUACUUUUUACUUCUUUUUUUUUUAAAAACAUUGUAUGCAGUCAUGGUUGUUUCCCCAAUGAGACUUUUUUUUAAGAAAAAAAGAAAGAUAAGAGACAAUAAAAAUGCAUCAUGUCAAGCCUUUUUUUUUUUUUUUUGUCAUGAAGAAAAUUGCUGAAAAAGCAAAAUAAUAAUUUGCUUGUAAUUUUCACUGACUCAGAAAGGGAUGACCAAAUCAACCAAACUAAAACUGUGAGGAGAGAAUUGCUUGAAGCACACUUUAAAGUUUGAACUCUUUACCCCAGUGUCCUGGUAAUGUGUAUUUUACCAUCACAAAAAUAAACCAUGCUAUCUCACUAGAGAAGAGAGCGGGAAACUGCGAGUUCCUCAUUCCUGAUUUGACUUCUGCACCCAUAUGUGGUAUAUUUAUUAUUUUUAAUUUUUUUUACUGUGGCCUUUUAUUUUCACUUUGGGCACUGUGCCAUUUAAGUUUGCUUCUUUUGUGACAUUGCUCUCUUAUAAACUGAAAUGUGUCAUACCAAUCCCAACAGUGUCACAACACUUGAAUAGUCAGGGGAACAAAUGGCUUCAAUUAGGAAUUGCAAGCUCUCCAAAGUUAAUCUGUUCAUUUGGUCGUUGUUCUGUCUGAUAUGCAAGCAUAUCUUCCAACAUCUUGGUCAAAAAUGAAUGUACAGAAUUCCCAAAUUUUUCAACUAUGACUGACAUUUGUGCAGGAAGUAACCUUAGCUAAAAUUGAAGGUGUUGGUUAUGGGAAUUGUCACCUGGUAGUGGAAAGAUUGCUAUUUACAGCCAUUAAUCUUGUGAUGCACAUAAUGGAUUUGCCACCUCUUACUGUUUUCUGUUGAUGUUUUGAAAAUGAUAGUUGAAUCACAGUCUUCCUCUUAUAUUGAUGCUAAAUUGAAUUAUGAAAUGUAAUCAAGCCUUACAUUCAUAAGUUAUAGUAUGCAGUUCUGAUCGGUCAGUUUUGAUUGAGGUUUUUUUUCCUUUAUCAAGUCUUUCAGCCGUUCCUCAUGUGGAUUGCUAUACUCGUAUCUCUUCGAAUAACUAUGCUGUUGAUUAUUUGCAGAAGUGUUUGUAAUAUAUUGUAAUGUCCUCACUGACUUUUUUUUAUAUAUAUAUAUAUAUAUAUAUAUAUAUAUA